AUCAAGGCUGCGCUAAAACAUCGCUGCGAUAACUUUCAUGAUGACCAAUCUAGAAUGUUCGACUCUAUUCUUGAUAGAAAACGUCACACCAUAGUUCUUGAUCGAUGCCUAGAUAAUUCGGCCAACGACCUUGGCCUUUUAACAAACCACAG